UGAGAGCGCUUAUCAUCAGUUCAGUGGGGGCAGAGUUGGAUAAAGAACGUUGCAUUCAUUGUUUCUGUGAUAUUUUUUAAAAAAUGAAUCGUGUUUAUAGUUCGCUUUUUAUAAGUUUUUUAUGUAUUUCCAACAAUGUUGUAAGUCAGAACUAUGACUGGUAUUCAAAUUUUUUAUGGAUGAACGAUUAUUCGAUUAACCAACAACCUCAAGAUACGUACUUCACAAAAGCAAAGACGAACGUGCGAACUGAACGUGUGGAUCUCAAACUGUACUACGAAGUCCUUUGUCCAGACUGCAUUGACCUGGACCGGACGCAAUUCAAACACAUUGUCAAUGUGUUGAGCCCUUAUCUCACUAUCACAACGUAUCCCUACGGAAAUGCUCAGACUAUCGAAAAGAAUGGAAAAGUGCAAUUCAAAUGUCAGCAUGGACCCAAAGAGUGUUACGGAAACAAACUACACGCCUGCACCCUUCAGCACAUCACCAACCACAGGCAGGCCUUACUCUUCAACAUUUGUAUGAUGGAGCCGAAUAAUAAGACCAGGGGAUCUGAUGAUGCUUCAGCUACGAGGUGUUCCAGAGAAAUGCGAAUAAGUAAAAAUGCAAUUACCCAGUGUGCGAAGGGUCAAGAAGGCAACCAGCUGCUCAAGUAUUACGGUGAAGAAAGCAGGAUAGCGAACUUUGAGUACGUACCUUACGUGCUGAUCAAUGGGUUGGAGUGGAAGGGCACCGACCUGAUGCACGACGUCUGCGCAGCUUUCCACGAUCCUCCAGGCGUUUGCUUCGACAAUAAAAAUGCCAUAGACGGGGGCUACUUUGUCCAAAGAACGGGUUACUUUGAUUGACCCAUAGCAUAAUAAUAAUCGCCUGAGCUAGGCAUGCGACAAAAUUUUAUUUUAAAACAAAAGUCAAUGGAAUUUUAUUAAUUAAAAGCCAUAAAAUUAUACUGA